GUCCUCUGCCUGAUGCGUGUUGCGAUGGCGGGUCGGUGGGCGUGUGCUCGUGCUUGCCCCGCCUCCUGCACCUGCACCCCGGAGAGGAGCUGCUCUGUCCUGUGUGACCGCUCCGGGAUGGCCGAGCUGCCCAAAGAGUUCCCCUGUGAAGCCUCGGCCAUAAACCUGGACAAGAACAGGCUCAAGUUUCUGUCGGAGCGAGCGUUCGGGACCCUGCCCUCCCUCAAGACCCUGUCCCUGGACCACAAUAACAUUUCCUUCAUCACUCCGGGGGCUUUUAAGGGACUCUCCAACCUGCUCGAGCUCAAAAUGGCGCACAACGAGUACAUCAGUUACCUCCACACUCGCACGUUCACCGGCCUGAAGAAGCUGCUGCGUCUGGACUUGUCGGACUGUAACCUCUUCAACAUCCCCGACCGCAUUUUCAUCGAGCAAAUCGCCCUGAAGGAGCUGCUCUGCUUCCAGAACAACUUCCGGAGGAUUCCAGGAGCGAUCCGCGGCAUGGAGAACCUCACGCACAUUUACCUGGAGAGGAACAAGAUCGAGGCGGUGGCGUAUAACUCGCUGCUGGGUCUGGGGAGUCUCAAGUAUCUGAACCUCCAGGAAAACCGCAUCAACGUGAUCCACGACCAGGCCUUCCAGGAUCUCGUGCGUCUGGAAAACUUCUACCUCAACGAUAACCUCCUCUCCAGCCUCCCCCGGGUGGCGUUCCAAGGCCUCAGCUGCCUCAAAAUGCUAAACCUCGGAGGAAACCAGCUCACCAACGUAUCCAAGACGUGGUUCGGUGAUUUGGUUGAACUGGAAGUCUUAUAUUUGGACAGAAAUCAGUUGGUGUUCAUCGAGGAAGGAACGUUUGAAAACCUAACCAGCCUGAUCACGCUCCACUUGAACAGCAACAACCUCACCACUCUCCCAUUCGCCGUUUUCCAGCCAAUCUACUUCCUGGGUCGACUCUAUCUCUUCCGAAACCCUUGGGAAUGCGACUGCUCCCUGGCGUGGUUAAAGGAUUGGAUGGAGAGCUACAAACUGGUGAGGGACAUCCCGUGCGCGUCUCCGUCCUCCGUGGCGGGACUGGAUCUAAGCGAGGUGGCGUUCGCGAAAAUCAACGGCACUUGCAUUGAUCCGGCAGAGCUGAACCUGACCACGGCCUCCUCUGAGAUCGCGUCCACUACGGAAAAUAAAUUCAAUAGUUUGAUUUCGAAGCUGCUCCAACAGGAACUGAAGGAGGAGAUGGGGAACAGUUCGGAGAGCCUCAGGAACGGGACGGCGCAGGAGUCGGAGGAGGCGCAGUUGUCUGACCGUGGCUCGACGCACGGACCGGACCUCGGCUGGGUCUGGGUCUCGUUGCUGUGGGCGGUGAGCGGUGUCUACGACGUCAUGGCGUGCACUUGAAGAACCGCGGCUGCGUUUGGAGGUUGGCGUUUAUAUAUUUGUCGUUAGAACGGGAUUAUGGUUAAGGUCAGGGUCAGAAAUGGAACGACGGUGUUGAGGCAGCUGUUUUAAAUCCCACCUGCGCUGGGUCUGUGUCUUAUACUGUACCAUGUGUGACUGUUAAAUAUGAGAAGCAUGAGGGCCCGACAUGGACUGUGUAUAUAAAUGGACACGGCUAACACGCUAGCAACACCAACAAACAGGAAGUGAUCAUGGGUGCGCUCCCGGCUCCAUCGACGCCAAACCACUUUACAUUAACCUCCUAGGACCUGGCGUUCACACAUUUGGACAACACAUUCUGGGU